GCAUCCCGCCUGCCGGCCCCUUCAUGCUCGGCGGACGACAUGCCCGUUUUGUAGCCGGGGGCCUCUCCUCUCUUCCCGCAUGUUCAGGACCAAACGCUCGGUGCUCGUCCGGCAGCUCUGGCGGAGCCGCGCGCCCGGUGGCGAGGAGGAGGCGGUGGCGGGCGAGCCCGGCGCGGUGGCGGCGGUGGCCGAGCCCCGGGCGCACUUGGGCGGAGGGCGCGGGUGCUGCCCGGGGAAGGCGGGACGAGGCGGGCGGGCGGCGGCGGGCGCGGAGGCGGAACUGAAGGCACUGACCCACGCCGUGCUGAAGCGGCUGAAGGAGCGGCAGCUGGAGGGGCUGCUGCACGCCGUGGAGUCCCGCGGCGGGGCGCGGACCCCCUGCCUACUGCUGCCCGCCAAGGCCGACUCGCGGCUGGGACAGCACUGGUACCCGCUGCCCGUGCUGCGGUGCAAGGUGUUCCGCUGGCCCGACCUCCGCCACUGCUCCGAAGUGAAGCAGUUAUGUUGCUGUGAAUCCUACGGUAAGGCUCACUCCGAGCUGGUCUGCUGCAACCCGCACCACCUCAGCCGGCUCUGCGAGCUAGAGUCUCCCCCUCCACCCUAUUCCAGAUAUCCAAUGGAAUUUCUCAAACCAACAGCUGAUUUUCCAGAUUCUGCGCCUUCCUCCACUGAAACAGGAAGAACUAAUUGUCUAGCCCCUGGGGGGCUUUCAGAAUCCCAAAUUCUUCAGGAGCCAGGGGAUAGGUCACACUGGUGUGUGGUGGCAUACUGGGAAGAGAAGACACGUGUGGGUCGGCUGUACUCUGUCCGAGAGCCCUCCCUGGAUAUCUUCUAUGAUCUACCUCAGGGGAAUGGUUUCUGCCUCGGACAGCUCAACUCAGACAACAAAAGCCAGCUGGUGCAGAAGGUGCGAAGCAAGAUCGGCUACGGCAUCCGGCUCACCAAGGAAGUGGAUGGGGUGUGGGUGUACAAUCGCAGCAACUACCCCAUCUUCAUCAAGUCAACCACUCUGGACAACCCUGACUCCAGGACAUUGAUGGUUCACAAAGUGUUCCCAGGGUUUUCCAUCAAGGCUUUUGACUACGAGAAGGCGUGCACCUUGCAGAGACCCAAUGACCACGAGUUCAUGCAGCAACCAUGGACCGGAUUUACCAUGCAGAUCAGCUUUGUGAAAGGCUGGGGCCAGUGCUACACCCGACAGUUCAUCGGCAGUUGCCCCUGCUGGUUGGAGGUUAUUUUUAAUAACCAAUGACUCAAAAUGGAGUGGACUUGUGGCAUUUAUAUUACUUUGCUGCUAAUAUUUCCUUCUGAGUGCUUGCUUUUCAUGCAGACUUUUUGGUUUUGUUUUGUUUUGUUUAGUUUGUACGUCCCUCCCAUUUGUUUUGAGAAAAACCUUUGGAAAGAUUUUUUUUGUGCUUUGGGGUAGUUUGAUAAACCUGUUUUUUAAAAGUGUAAAUGACCAAUGAUACAGAAGGGUGAGAAAAGGGUGUGGGAGGAGGUGAGUGGAUGUGUGGAUCACAUAUGAUAACUAUUUCAUACCUCUGAAAGGAUUAUCCUAUGUGAUCAAUGGAUUUGGAAACCACUUGUUGUAUGUUAUAGUUCCUUUUCUUGGAUAAAUCAAGAUACCUGUAUUUUUAUGCACCACCUUCCCAUCCCUGGUGACGGUGACACCGAGACCCCUUCCCCAGCAGUGCUAACCCCACAUUGCUGCCAAAGGGUGGUGCGAAAUCUUCCCAACCAGGUCUUUACCCAUCCUUUUAAAUUUUUAUUUUAUCUUUCUUGUUGCUGAGUUGACAUCUUGUCACUGUGUUCAUUUUUCCACUGCUUUUUCAAAUUUUUUUAUGGUCACGAAUUGAUGCAAGGGGAGAAAAUAACAGCAGAGAAACCUCUUGCGUGGACCACGCUUUAUAAUUUGAGCUAAGAUGUAAAGCAACAGAAGCCUAAGCCUAAAAAAAACCAAAGCAAAGCAAAACCAACAAAACAAAUUAAAAACAAAUGGGAAGACAAAAAGUGUUCACAAUAGUUGGUCUGUUGUAACUUCUUAGAUCAGGUUAUCCCAGUACCAUCCAAUUUGAAAAUGCAGUUGUGCUUUCAUUUCUUCUUGAAUUCAUACAAGAGUAUGAUACUUUUACACUGUUCUUAGCUCAGUGAGCAUGUUUAGACCUUAACGUAAGCUAUUUUUAUAUAUAUAAAGGUUUAAAUGAACAAGAGAACAUUCUCAUUGGAACUUUAGCACUGUAGUGCUUUGGAAAUACACACAAAAAAAGGACUCCUUAAAACCCCCUGAGAUUUAUUAAAGAAAAAAUGUAUUUUAUGUUAUAUAAAAAUAUAUUAUUACUUGUAAAGAUAACGAUGUUUUAUAAGCACCAUUAUUUAUGU